AUGUAUAAUCAUUACCGAUCUGCGGUCGACAUCGGGUCGAAUCAGAUCAAUGAGUCGAAUGAUACCUCGGCACCUGAUGAUACGAAUGAGCUACAAGGGAACAGCAGCGAAGCCCACGCUGACGAGGAACAUAUGACCCCCGUCCACGGAAGUUCUGAGGGUGGACAAAGUACAGCAAAUUUUGACGUCCGAGACGACAAGGCCGCGUUCAAGGAUGUUAUGCAGCAGAUGAACACCUCCAGGCUCAACCAAGUGGCCGUGAAGCUUCGCAUUGAUCGAUCACAGAAGGCCAGCUCGCGGCCCUUGAGCCUCGAAGAGAUGCUGGAUGUCUCCUACACCCACUUUACAUAUGUGUACGGCUCAUACAACCUUGCCUAUCGGAUUCAGUGGAAGGACGGGACCAGCUGGUUCGUUCGUAUCCCUGGCCAUGGCACUCGUUUCGGGCAGCUGGACAUCCAGAAGAUGAACUCUGAAUAUCAGACUAUGCGGUAUGUCCGAUCUCAUACCACAAUCCCGUUGCCAGAGGUUAUCUUCUGGACGACUUCCCCAGAUCUAGCUGGGGUGCCUUUUGCCAUCAUCUCAGGUGCAGAAGGUGGGUCCUUGUGUCUCGCAUGGGAUGAGAUGCCAGAGGAUCGACGCCUUUCGACCCUGUCCGAAAUAGCUGGCUACAUGGCACAGCUUCACAAGCUCUCUUUCGACAUGAGAGGCAUGCUUACAUUCGAUUCAGCUGGUGACGUGUCCGGCGUUGGCCCAUACAUUGCGCUCAAGGGGAACGACCUACAAGAUGUCGUCCGUGGUGGACUAGAGAUGACUCAUUGGCGAGAAACAACGACUUACGGCCCGUAUGAUUCGGUAAUGGCUGCAUUCGACGAGGACAUCGCAGCUCAGGCGAGACCUGGUAGCGAGCGGGACGCAUGCCUUUCCAUUCUCAAGACUGCGCUCGAAACCAUGCCACCACGCUUGAUAGAAGACAAAUGCUUCUAUCUGACCAAGCCAGAUUCGAACUGGCAGAACAUCUAUGUCAACGAGGCAGGAAAGGUAACUAGCUUCAUCGAUUGGGACAUGGUCGGCACCGAAACGAGUGUCAUUGGUUACGCCAGGACGCCCAUCUUUCUGUGCGCAGAUUGGAAUCCAGUGAAUUACGAAUACGAUCCCGGGACGGACGAUAACGAGGAGAUGUCUCCGGAGCAGCUCGUGGGCUACCGAACACAUUACAGUGGUGCUUUCACCGACGCCAUGCGCCACUGUGAGAGCUACGAUCCUCGAAUGACGAACCUGGCACAUGUUGUAUGGGCAAUCGACCAAGCUAUCGGAGAUCGUUAUGGCCAGCAGUGCGUUGUUGCGAAGCUGAUGGAGAUAGCGAAGGUUCCAUUCGAGCUCGAUCAUCAUUGCCGGGACUUCGAAAAGGGAGAAGAAGGGGCGAAGAAUGCCAUCAUACGAAAUGCAUUUGCCGAAGCUUGGAAAAAGGGCUGGGAUGUUCCAGAGGGGUUGGGAUGCGAUGGCACGUUCGAGGAGACUGCAGAGGAGGAUGGAGGCUCGAGUGAAUCUGUGUGCCUUUCAGGUAGUUACGACCAGCUAUCAGAUGUCGAUGGUCUCCAAGGAAGCUGA